CCACUCUCCCACGCUUCUCCCGUUCAUUCUGCCUCACAACCUGCAAUUCUGCCUUCUGCUCUUUCAUCCCAUCCCUCAUCUGACAGCGAAGGCAUUUUACCUACAUUAAGGGAUGGGGAAGCCCACAAUAAUGCAUUAUUCCUGCUUGGUAAAAGGAAGUUUGCCAUCGAACUCUCUGAGCCAUGCAGUUUGGGCAACCUAAUCGGCCAUGAUGACAUCAGGAGCAAGGACGACAGCUCUAGCCUUGUAGGCAUUGAAACGCCAUUCUGGGCAAAUGAUCCCAAAGGCUCUCUUGCCGACUCAUCAACAUCGAAGGCUACUUUGGGCAGUUUAGCCGAUCCGCUAAUGAGGAACGAGUCUCUGAGCAGCACAGUCACAGUGCAGAGUGACCCGAUAGCCGGACUGCCCUGGCUCCGAAUGAUAUUACCUCCCAUAUUCGACUUUAAGCCUAUUAAUGUUCCAACGAUACACUCUUCCCAGAAACACAUGGAUGGAGUAGAAACAACAAGGGGGAUAGAUAAUGUGAUUGGCAAUGACUUGCGCCCCUCUAGACCCCGAUAUCGAUACAAUCAACGUGACCGUUUUUCGAGCCUAGUUAGUGGGCUUAUGCGUUUCUCUUCUACUUCUAGUCAUGUUGGCUCCAGUAAACACAAUCAUCCGCAAGGCCUACACGCCCAAACGACAAAGGAAACAAUAGGCAAGCAGAUUUUAGCUACAGGCCGAAAUCGCGUCGUUUUACCACCUGGCAGCGCGAGGUGUGCCUCUUCUGCUGCUGGCUUAGCCAAGUCAAUUAUUAGUAAUCGGCCCCUGGCCAGGAUUUCUGGCACGUCUUUCAUCCAGACAUCUGCUCAUGAGGCUAAAACCCCGCCGGCUACCUGCUUAUGCAGUAGCCGUCUAGCGCCGGCCUACUGUCGAUCUUCAACCACUACGGGACCAAUCGGUCAACCUUGCUCGACCAAAACACCUAUUCAGUAUUCGAUCCCAAAUAACCAUGCUUCCGCUUUGUCUGUGUUGCCAUCAGGAUCCUCAUCGCUUUCUUCAUUGCAUCUAACACCAGUACUAGCAUUUGCAACUGAAGCGGCAGCAACCACGUCUGAGAACUCGUCAACUCUGCCAGCAGCCGUCAUGAAACCUUUACCUUUAGGUAGUAAAUCAAGAAGAGAUCAAGUGCAGCAAGGACAGAUGCAUAACCAGCUACUACUCAAACCAUUUAAUCCCAAGGGACAAGACUUUGGCUGUUUUGUCGCACCUAACUUUAGGCCUGGUUUGCAGCCCUAUAUUGUCAACUACAAGUAA